AUGUAUCACCUAGCCAAGGGGUUAUACCUCCUAGCUACUAGCAAAGAAGAGUACUCCGUCAUCCUCCUCGGCCUCGACAAUGCCGGCAAGACAACCUUUCACGAGCAAGUCAAGCACUUCUUCCUCGAGUCGCACCCGGACCCGAAACUCAAGACCGUGCCGACGGUGGGCCAAAACGUCUCGACGAUAUCCCUGCCGGACAUGUACCUCAAGAUCUGGGACGUCGGCGGGCAGCACUCGCUGCGCCGCCUGUGGCAGAGCUACUACGCCUCGGCGCAUGCCAUCGUCUUCAUCAUCGACUCGACCGACAUUGGCGACGGCAACCUCGAGCACGACAACGGCUCCGGCCGGCUGGACGAGUGCCGCCUCGUGCUCGAGGACGUGCUGCAGCACUCCGAGACCGAGGGCGUGCCCGUUCUGGUGCUGGCCAACAAGCAGGACCGGGAGGAUUGCGUAGAGGUCGUGAGGAUCAAGGAGGGGCUCGUGAAGAAGGUCUUCGAGGGCGAAAAGGCGAGCAGUAUCCGCGACUCGAGGGUGUUGCCUGUUAGUGCGCUGACGGGGACGGGUGUCAAGGAGGCGGUGGAGUGGGUGCGGUCGCGAGUGAAGUGGAAUAAGGAGUCGAGGCCGCCGGUGAUGCGGUAG